GGUCUGUCCAAGCUUCCUUGAAAUGUCGGUCAAUGAUCGGAUGAGUUACAUCAAACAGAAGGGCCUCUGUUUGAAUUGUUUUGCAAGAGGUCACCAUCUCCGAGAGUGUACGAGUGCGCACAAUUGCUUCACAUGCAAGGGGCGGCACCACACUCUUCUCCAUCGGGGCGACAGUGCCCACAAUGGUGCCUCUUCCUCUUCCACUUCAGCCACGCUUCCCAACAUACAGUCCACUCCGAAUCAAUCGGCAACAAAUGUGCAAAAUUACUUUGCCAUUAACGCUCAGAACAUCCUUCUCGGCACGGCGGUUGUCAAUGUAUGCCAUCUAGGUACUACAUACACCGCACGAGCACUAGUCGAUUCGGGGUCCGAAGCGACUUUCAUUUCUGAGCGUUUAUUCCAGCGAAUAAAGUUGCCAUUCCAAUCCGUGCAAGCCCAAGUAUCUGGGCUGAAUCAUGCAAUUGCGGCCCAACCGCAGAAGUUAUGCAACUUCAGCAUUGGUUCUCCAACGAAGCCGAGGCUCCAUAUCGAAACCUCAGCGUUCGUUAUUCCACAACUGGCAGACAAGCUGCCAUCAUUCCGUGUGCCGAAAGGCUUCCUAAAGGAUCUACCAGCGAUUGAACUGGCAGAUCCAUACUUCUACAAAAGUGCUCAGAUUGACAUCUUAAUUGGCGCGGAUAUCCUUGCGUCAAUCAUCCUGAGCGGAUCCCGGCCAAACAUUUGUGGCUCACUCCUUGGGCAAGAAACCGUGUUUGGUUGGAUCCUCACCGGCCCCAUCUCCCAGAAUGUGUCAACAAUUAUCUCUGCGUUUUCGACGAGAGUCGCCAUCCAAGCAGACUGGGAGGCGGAGGAUAUUCCGUCGAAGCUGCUUAGCUGCGAAAACACAACUUCACGUAGCAGAUGUGGCAGAUAUCGGGUGACUCUUCCAUUCCGGAAGCCCGUCACCACUCCUCCUACUUCGUUUCUCUAUUCGUCGUCCUGUGCUGUCCUAUACUGCCCUGUUCCAUGUGUCAUUGACAAUGUAAAGCUACUGUAA